AUGGGCGAGUUUUCGAAAUCCGUUCCACGGGAGGAGGACUUGAAGUUGGAAGAGAAGAGCGAUGGCCAGACUGGUAGCAGCUUCAGCGAUUUUCCGAGCAUCUCGACGGAAGAAGAGCAGAAGCUAGACCGUGCAAUUUUAUGGAAGAGAGAUUUGGUUAUCGUGCCAAUCAUGGGAGUUUUAUACAUGGUGUUAUUUCUGGAUCGGACCAAUAUCGCAAACGCGCGUGCUCUAGGUAUCGGGAAACCUGAUGGCUUAGAAGGGGCUCUUCAUAUGCCAUCUAAUGGUUAUAAUACGGCGCUUUGGAUAUUCUAUAUUCCUUUCGUCCUAGCCGAAGUCCCGGCCAACUUGAUCCUUAACGUGAACAAGGUUCGUCCCGGCAUCUGGCUUGGUGGCCAAAUGUUCCUCCUAGGUAUCCUAGGUAUGUGCCAGGGUUUGACUCAGAGCUACGGUGGACUGCUGGCCGUUCGCUUCCUUCUAGGAAUCUUCGAAGCUUCCCUCCCAGCUGGCGCGACUUAUAUGAUAUCGAUGUAUUACACGAGACGUGAGGCAGCCGUCCGAUUUGCCUGGUUCUUUAACUUUGCUCUCGCAGGACCGUUGUUCUCGGGUCUGCUAGCGUAUGCUAUUCAGAAUAUCAAUGGUGCGGGAGGUUACCAGGGAUGGCGUUGGAUAUUUAUCAUCGAAGGCAUAGCGACGGUAUUCAUAUCCCUCUUCGUCAUCUGGCUGUGCCCCAACUUCCCCCAUCAAGCCCAAUCGUGGUUUUUGACGGCCCAGGAACGUGAUCGCCUCAUAUCCCAGCUCGAGGUUUCCCGCGGUGCCGAGACUAAGGGUUCAGCUGCCGAUAACGUUCCCAUCUGGAAGGUCCUGACGGAUUGGAGGAUACACCUCCUGACUAUGUGCUUCUUCUGUUGCGACGUAACGGCCUCGUCGAUAGCCUCCUUCGCGCCUACAAUCUUGACAGAACUUGGAUAUGUCACGACUGUUGCUCAACUCAUGACGAUGCCAGUUUGGGGCGCUGGUAUAGUUUCGACUUUCACAAUCACUUGGCUUUCGUCGCGUCUCAAUUUUCGCACACCCUUCCUUCUCUUCGCCAUUUGCCUACAGCUUGUGGGUUGGGGUAUUAUGGUAAAAUAUGUCGAAGUGGCUGGAAUACGGUAUAUGUCGCUAUUCUUCAUGUCAGCUGGUACUUUCCCGCAGAUGUCGAUUCUGAUGGGUUGGCUCAGCGCCAAUCUUCGUGGUCGCAAAUUCCUGGCCGUUGGUAUGGCUUGGAUGGUUGGCUUCGGUAACUGUGCCAAUUUCAUCAGCUCCAAUGUCUUCAUCACCACUGAGCGACCGCGAUAUCCGACAGGGUCCCACACUGGCCUUGCCUUCACGAUACUGGGCUUCAUUCUCACGUGUACUGCAUUUUCGCUUCUAUCUCUAAUGAAUAGAAGACGCGAUGCGGCUCGUGCAAAGAUGACAGAUGCUCAACGCGAGAGCUACGACGAGCUGCAUUUCAAGUUUGUGUAUUAA